AUGCCUUCACGCACCGACAGGACUGCAUUUAUAAACCGAACGAGGUCAGCCUCAAGGAAAAAGACGACGCUAGCCGAUCACACAGAUGAGCAGGAGAGUGAUUGCGACGCUGUUCCGGCAGGCACAGAAAGGGGCCUUGUCGUGAAGGGUCCUGACAUCCUUGGAAACAUGUGGGAUAAGGCCGGUCGCGCUGGACGCGUGGAGGUGAUGAGAGAGGUAUUGUAUGACAUGAUCAGUGCUCUGCGGGCCCGUCAGAAAUACGAGGCGCCAAGACCCAGCCUCAUACCGCACGGUAUUGCACCGAGCUGUUUCCAAGGCGAGGUGGGUUUCUCCGGAUUGGCUGGCAGGUUCCAAGCUCUCAGAGAAGAAUUGGAAAUAAGUAACGCUGGUGAACAACUGUAUAGGUUGCGUAGGCGAGUCGCUCUUGCGCAGUUCUACAACGACUAUACCCAUGCCCAGGCUGAUCCGUACGCAUUUCUGUACCCAGAACGAAAUGAAGAGCUCUCACUUGAAUCUUUAAAACCGACUCGGAAGCGGAAGAGGACAUCAUGGUCCAAUGUGGCGAAGAGGCGCCGCGUUAGGCUUUCAACCUUGAUACAUAAUCGUGUUGUCGACCUGAUGUUCCCCGGACUGAUCCUGAGCGAUGAGAACAUCGACACCGAAGAAGGCAGGACCGAGGAAGACAGGGCCGAGCGAGCAGAAAAAGUGGCGAAGAGACAAGCUGCCAGCCAAAAAGUUCAGAAUUGGAGAGCAAAUGGCAAGCCAUGGUCUGCGCUGACCAGACGCUUCGAUUGGGGGAUUCUACUACUCCUUCCAACAGAUCUUUUGGACCAGAAUCUAAGAAUGAUGAAGGAGGCCACGUUGUCUUGCUUCUUCGAUGCCCUCGACUUCUUUUUCACGGAUUCCGGCCGUUUGUUGCCAAAUGCGACAGCACUCGUGCCGGCACUUUUAUCAGAGCAGCCUCCGUCUAAGAAACUGAGACUAGAGUACGAAUUACCGAGAUAUGGAAGAACUGACGAGGACAACCAUCAAUAUUUUGGUGAGUUGCUGGAGCCCUGUGAGAUAACUUCCUGCAGCAAUGAAGAGUUGCGGCAUUCAACUCCUCAUUCUCCUACGGAGCAAAUCGAUCGGCAAUUGCCUUGUUCAGAUCUCCGUCUUCGGCCGAACUCCGGCCGAGAGACGUCCCCACGUUGCAGCGCGGUGGUUUCUCCGCAUGUCGAAGCAAGCGAUUCAUCGAAAGUGAAGACCACUGUGAUCGUUGUUGAUAGCCUCCCUUCAAACGUCCAAGGACAGUCUGGAAAUUCUAUCCUCACUCGGAACAUCGCGUUUGGUGACAAGUUCGUGAGUCCACAUCACUUUGAGGACGCUUUAUAUGGUACUUCUAUAAAUACGCCGGAUACGAGCUUCAACCAUGACGUCGAAUUGGCGGACGUCUGA